AUGGAGCGGCGGGACGCGGGUUCGGGUCCCGGCCCCGGCCCCGGCCCCGGCUCGGGCGCGGCGGCGCUGGCGGCGCUGGGCCGGCGGCUGCUGUGGGCGCUGCCCGCCUACGCCGCGGGGCUGCUGGGGCUGGGCGCGGGCGCGGUGCUGCUGGCGCUGGCGCUCUACGCCGGCUGGAGGCGGCGGCGGCGCGCCCGGCAGCGCGGGCUGAGCCUGGCCGCCCGCCUGCAGAGCGACGAGGAAGCGGCCGUGCGCGCCGCCGCCGCCGGGCUGGGAGCGGCCCGCGGGGAGCUGCCGGCCUGGGUGAGCUUCCCGGACGUGGAGAGGGCAGAAUGGCUGAACAAGGUCCUGGCCCAGGCCUGGCCCUUUUUUGGGCAGUACAUGGAGAAGCUGCUGGUGGAGAACAUCGCCCCGGCCAUCCGCGCCUCCAACAGCCACUUGCAGACCUUCACCUUCACCAAGGUGGACAUGGGCGAGAAGCCCCUCCGGGUGCUGGGGGUCCGGGCGCACCCUGGCACCCACAAGAGGCAGAUCCUGCUGGACCUCAACAUCAGCUACGUGGGUGACGUCCAGAUCGACGUGGAGGUGAAGAAAUUCUUCUGCAAGGCGGGGGUGAAGGGCAUGCAGCUCCACGGGACGCUGCGGAUCAUCCUGGAGCCCCUCCUGGGGGACGUGCCCAUCGUGGGGGCCCUCACCAUGUUCUUCAUCCGGCGCCCGACUUUGGACAUCAACUGGACGGGGAUGACCAACCUGCUGGACAUCCCAGGGCUCAGCUCUGUCUCAGACACGAUGAUCAUGGACACCAUCGCCUCUUACCUCGUCCUGCCCAACCGCCUCCUGGUGCCACUGGUGCCCGACCUGCACGAGGCCGCGCAGCUCCGCUGCCCCCUGCCCCGGGGCGUGGUGCGUGUGCACCUCCGGGGCGCCCGGGACCUGCGGAGCAAGGACCGCUUCAUGGGGGGGCUGGUGGAGGGCAAGUCGGACCCGUACGCCGUGCUGCGCGUGGGCACCCAGCUCGUCACCAGCCGCGUCGUCCCCAACAACCUCAACCCCACCUGGGACGAGGUCUACGAGUUCAUCGUGCACGAGGUGCCGGGGCAGGAGAUCGAGGUGGAGCUGUUUGACAAGGACCCCGACCAGGACGACCUCCUGGGCCGGAUGAAGCUGGAUUUUGGGGAGGUGCUGAAGGCACGGGUGCUGGAGGAGUGGUUCCCGCUGCAGGACGGGGGCCAGGGGCGCCUCCACCUGCGCCUGGAGUGGCUGACACUGCUGUCCGACGCCUCCAAGCUGGAGGAGGUUUUGCAGAGGAACCGGAUGAUCGUCGCCAAGCCCGACCCGCCGUCAGCCGCCAUCCUGGUUGUGUACCUGGACCGGGCGCAGGAGCUGCCCAUGAAGAAGCCGGGCAAGGAGCCCAACCCCAUGGUGCAGGUGUCGGUGCAGGACGUGACACGGGAGAGCAAGGUGGUCUACAACACGUGCUCCCCGGUCUGGGAAGAUGCCUUCCGCUUCUUCCUGCACGACCCCGCCAACCAGGAUGUGGACAUCCAGGUGAAGGACGACACCCGCCAGAGCAGCCUGGGCUCGCUCUCGGUGCACCUCUCGCGCCUGCUGGAGGCCCCGGAGCUGACGCUGGCGCAGCCCUUCCCGCUGGAGCACGCGGGGCCCGCCAGCCGCCUCUACAUGAAGCUGGUCCUCAGGGUUCUCUUCCUGGACGCCCCUGAAGCCGGCUCCCCCCCGCCUGCCCCCCCGGGGACGCUGGAGCUCCCGGUGGGUGCCGAUGCCGGUACCAGCAGCGCCCGCCGGCCCAGUAAGGCCAGUCCGGACCCCCAGUUUGGCACCGAGGCCGUGCUGCGGAUCCACCUCCUGGAAGCCGAGAACCUGGUGGCCAAGGACAACUUCUUCAGGGGCAUGGUGCGGGGCCGCUCCGACCCCUACGCCAAGGUGCGCGUGGCCGGGAAGGUGUUCCGCAGCCGCGUGGUGAAGGAGGAGCUGAGCCCCCGCUGGAACGAGAUCUACGAGGUGGUGGUGGACAACAUCCCGGGGCAGGACGUGGAGUUUGACCUCUUCGACAAGGACAUCGACAAGGACGACUUCCUGGGCCGGUGCAAGGUGCCGCUGCGACGGGUGCUGAGCAGCCACUUCGUGGAUGAGUGGCUGCCCCUGGAGGAGGUGAAGUCCGGGCGCCUGCACGUGCGGCUGGAGCGGCUGGAGCUGAGCCCCAGCGCCGCCGCCCUCGAGCAGGUGCUGCACGCCAACAGCCUCCUGCAGCCCUCACGGGGCGAAGAGCUCUCGGCCGCGCUCCUCUCCGUCUUCCUCGACCGCGCCACCGACCUCCCGCUCCGCAAGGGCUCCAAGCCGCCCGCCGCCUUCGCCAGCCUGGCCGUGCGCGAUGUCUCCGUCAAGACCAAGACCUGCGCCCCGAGUGCCGAGCCAGUGUGGGAUGAAGGCUUCUCCUUCCUCAUCAAGCGGCCCCACGUGGAGGUGCUGGAGCUGCAGGUGAAGGACGAGGGGGGGCAGCCCCUGGGCUCGCUCAGCCUCCCCCUGCCCCAGCUGCUGGCGGCCGAGGCGCUGGUGCUGGACGGGUGGUUCCCGCUGGCCGGGGGGGGCCCCGGCAGCCAGGUCCUGCUGCGGGCGCAGCUCGGGGUCCUGGUGUCGCAGCACUCGGGGGUGGGGGCUGGAGGCGCCCCCCUGCCAGAGGGGGACCCCGAGCCCCUGGAGGCGGCGGCGGGGCAGGAGGAGGAGAGCGGGGCCGGGGGGGCGGUGCUGCGGCAGCGCCUGCCCCCGACCGAGAGCCGCCCGGAGCAGGAGCCGGGGGGGGCCCCCCUGGGCCGCCUGCAGCUCACGGUCUGGUACCACGCUGAUGAGCGCAAGCUGGUGGCCAUCGUGCACGGCUGCAGGAAGCUGAAGCCGCUCUCCAAGGAGCUGCCCGACCCCUACGUGUCCCUGGUGCUGCUGCCCGACCGCAGCCGUGGCACCAAGAGGAAGACCAGCGUGCAGAGGAAGACCCUGAACCCCGACUUCAACGAGAGGUUCGAGUGGGACGUGCCGCCUGAGGAGGCUGCGCGGCGCAAGCUGGAGGCGCACGUCAAAGCCACCGUGUCCUUCAUGUCCCGGGAGAAGGAGGUGCUGGGGAAGCUCCAUCUGGACCUGGCGCAGGUGGAUUUGUCCGAGGGAGGAACCCACUGGUAUGAGCUGCGGGAUGAGCGGGGCAGCCCCUAACGCACCCCCCCAGCCCCUGCUCCCCACUGUGCCUGGGGCCGUGUGAGGGGUGGGGGGCACGGGGGGCUCGUCCCCCUGUCCCCCCCCCACGGCCCCCCCGCCUCGCCACUGACCAAAGAAGCCGGGGUGGGGGCCCUGCGGCCCCCCCGCCCCCCCGCCUGCGCAGACUGUUAUUUAUGUCGUGCCUUUUACCCACCGAGAAACCUCCCCAGCGCCGGGGGGGGGCACGGGUUGUGUGUGUGUGUCCCCCCCCCCCCCACUGCUGGGAGCCGCUUUUGUCAGAGCUGCCAUCACUGCUGCGCGCCACCCCUGUGCCACCGCCGCGCCCCCCCCUGUGCUGCCUUCAGGGGGCUAUGGCCCCCCCCACGCUCCCCAGCAAAUAAAGGAGGGAGGAGA